GUGCAUUGGUAUGUUUCUGUGCACCAUGUGUUCAAUGUCAUCUUGGUACCAGAAUUGGAGAAUGUUUAUGUAUGCCACUGUUUGUCCAGGGCGCUCUUUUAACUAUGAGAACUAGACUAAGGACUCUCGGGGGAAUUCAGGGAUCUAUUUGCAAUGACUGUUUGGUGACAGCCUUGUGUGGACCGUGUGCAUUGUGUCAAAUGAAACGUGAGCUUGAUGUGAUGGGGGUCGGAUCUGUGUAGACACUUUUCUCAGGUCUUCUGUUUAUAAAUAUGAUAAACGCAAUUUCCUAUUCUGUUUUAUUUGAAGGAACGCAUGUAUAGUUUACAAAAGGUGUAGAUAUUCUGAUAUUUUGGAAUGGAACGGAUAUUUGUUUAUAACCACCCUACAUGUCGUUAUGUAUGUUUAUAACUGUUUUAAUUUAUUGUUGUCAAGGAAUAGAAAAUUUAUAGGAUAAAAUAAAUAGAUUGAUAAUUAUAAAUGCAUUAAUAAGCAAAA